AUGUUUGUGUGGAUACAGAUCGCGGUGCUGUGCCUGGUGGCUUGUGCGGCGGGCGGAAGCGUGCGCGAGAAGCGCGGCUUCCUCGGCGGGCUGCACUCCGUGGGCGACGGCUACUCCGGCUACGGCGGUGUCUCUGCCUUAGGCGGCAUCUCUGACAUAGGCGGCUACGCCGCGCCCGCGGCUCAAGUGGUCUCCGUCAACAAGGUCGUCAACGUGCCCAGAGUUGUGAGCGUCCCACAAGUAGUCAGAGUAAACAAGGUCGUCUCUGUGCCCCAAGUUGUGUCCGUUAACAAAGUAGUAUCCGUCCCCAGCUACUCUGUCGGUUACAACGGUGGAUACGGCGGUGGCUACGGUGGUGGAUUAGGCGGCGGUUUAGGAAGUGGGCACGGCUACUCCGCCGGUGGUUACUCCAGUGGCUGGUGGUGA